CAUAAUGACGUUGGCCAAAUCGCCGAGGUGAAAGUUUAGCUGCAUGUGAACGGGGAAAUGUAAAUGGGGAAAAUGUGAAUGAAAAUGUUUGCGGAGAUGCACCAGGUUUUGUUUCAUGGUUGAGCCCAAAAUCAGAUGGCUGGGGACAAAGUUCGAAGUUUACUCAGUGACUCAGUGACGCAGUUCUCCGAGAAGUGUUUCGCGGCUAAUCGGAGGUGAAAGCCCGAAGACGGAGGAGAUGCUGCUGCGACGCGUUCUGGGUUACGUCGUGGGCGCCGGACUGGCGUCUACCGGCUGGAGUCUGCAUACCAAUGACUACGAUCCUAACUCGCUAGGCAUCGUCCGGUUGACCAGAUCCGCAGCCGCCGUCGUGGACGUGGCACUCACCUAUAAGCGAGAGCUCUACUACAGGGAAUGGGACAAGGAUACACAGGAGUACAAGGCGGAGAAAAGUCGGGUCCAUAAGAUAGCUGCCGAGAAGCUGCUUCAGUUGAUUUGCACCAACAAGGGCGUGUAUAUUAAGGUGGGUCAACACAUAGGAGCUCUGGAGUACUUGUUGCCCAAAGAGUUCGUACAGACCAUGAAGGUUCUUCACUCCGAUGCGCCUCAGAACCCCAUCGAGGAUCUGUACAAGGUAAUCAGACAAGAUCUGCACUGCAAUCCGGAUGACAUCUUCGACAGCUUUGAGCGGGAGCCACUGGGAACCGCCUCACUUGCCCAGGUGCACAAAGCUCGCCUCAAAAGCGGCGAAGUGGUGGCCGUAAAAGUGCAGCAUCCCUACGUCAAGGGCAACUCCCGCGUAGACAUGAAAACCAUGGAGCUGGCAGUCAAUGUGCUGGCGCGGAUAUUCCCCGAUUUCAAGAUUCACUGGUUAGUGGAGGAGUCAAAGAAGAACCUGCCGAUCGAACUCGACUUCCUCAACGAGGGACGCAACGCAGAGAAGGUUGCUAAGCAGUUCGAGAAGUACUCCUGGCUGCGGGUGCCUAAAAUCUACUGGGAGUUCAGCUCCUCUCGAGUCCUAGUCAUGGAGUAUCUAGAGGGCGGUCAUGUCACGGACUUGGACUACAUCCGACGGAACAAAAUUGACUCUUUCGCGGUGGCCAACCGCAUUGGGCAGCUCUAUUCCGAAAUGAUCUUCCGUACUGGUUUUGUACACAGCGAUCCUCACCCGGGGAACAUUUUGGUAAGACAAACUAAGAAUGACCGUCUGGAAAUCGUUUUGUUAGACCAUGGGCUCUAUGCCAAUCUGACGGACAAGUUCCGGUACGAUUACUCCAACCUUUGGCUGAGCAUUCUCAAAGUGGACCGAAAGGCCAUGAGGCAGCACAGUGAGCAGCUGGGCAUCAAGGGAGACUUGUACGGUCUUUUCGCAUGCAUGGUGACGGGACGACCUUGGGAGACGGUGAUGCAGGGUCUUAAUAAAGUCAAAUAUUCCAAAGAAGAGAAAAAUACACUGCAGAACAACACUUCGCUGGUGCUGCCGCACAUUUCCGACGUAUUGGAGCAGGUGGACCGUCAGAUGCUGCUCAUCCUGAAGACCAACGACUUGAUUCGCGGCAUUGAGUCCACGCUUCGCACGCAAAACCGAAUGACAGCUUUCUGGGUCAUGUCCAAGUGCUGUGUGCAAUCCUCCUACGCCCAGCAGCGAGCCCAUCAGUCCGCCUCCGGUUCCUCGCGAAUCCUCUGGCUACGGGUGCGCGAGCGCUGGGAGCUGUUUAAGCUCAAUUGCUACUACCUCUACCUUGGACUGAUUAAUUUCGGAUUCAUCGAAGCACUCAAGCAGGUUAUUUAGGCUAAAAAUGGCCCCCCAUUAAAAGUACAAAACUCUUGACGAGUCAGGAAAGAGAAA